AUGGUGCCACUUGUAGUAUCGGCAGAUAGUUACCGAUAUCUUUGGCGACAAAUUCAGUGUUCCGUUAAUCCAGUCACCACUGCCAGAUUAACAGGAAACAGUUGCGAGUCCAACGGACGUGAAGCCGAAAUUGGUUUCGCAGUUACAACAAGUCGAUUUGUCAGAACUAUACAAAUCUGCUUCAAUCAGGCUACCCAAUCACCAAUUUACACAUACUACGAUUUAAUUCCUGCAAUUACUCAGCAAGUAAGAGGUACACCCCGACCAAGUUGGACUCAGGGAACUGGAAUAUUUACAUUAACCAACGUCAACAAUCUUUUCACCCAAGCAACGCAAAGAGUAACCAUCAAUGCCCUACUCGGUCUACCAACCGGCAGUUUCAAUGUUAUCCAAAACAACAAUAACUACUUCUUGUCCAGGGGACAUCUAACGGCAACGAGUGACUUCUUCUAUGCCGCUCAACAAAACAGCACUUUCCAGUUUUUGAACGCGUUACCUCAAUGGCAAACGUUCAAUGGUUUCAACUGGGAUCAAGCUGAGACUGACGUUCAAGACUAUGCUGAGAGUAAUAAUGUUAACCUACAAGUUUGGACAGGUCAGUUUUAGCUUUAGUGAAUGCUAACGCGCCUUAAACCGACCUGAAAUUAAGCGCUAUUUAGAGAAAUUGUUCUUCUGACGAUCUUCAUUCCCUCUAAUAGAGCCGCGCUAACUUUCA